GCCCUCUUCAUUCUGCCACCAGCUGCUGGUGUGCAUCAUAAUAGCACAUCUAAAGUCACUGUUUAUGGCAAUGAUUUUCCGACAGUGCAAUCCAAUCACUACAUAUGUCUCUACGGAAGUACGGCAACAGCUGGUCGAUACGUAAAAUCAACGCGAAUUGAAUGUGAAAUACCACAAGCGAUGUUACCAGGACGUUAUCUCUUCAACAUUAUUCCAUAUGGUUCUGAUAAAGCACUACCAUUCGUUGAUAAAAGAGCGAUUCAUUUUACAUUUUAUGUGGAAUGUGACCCAAGCAGAUGCUCUGGGUAUUGUGUUGGUCCAACAUGCAUUUGUCCAUCAGGACGUUCCGGAAUACUGUGUGAACAGACGAAUAUACCAUCAUCAAUAAAUCAUCAGACCUUAUCUAACACUCAACUAACAAAAGCCGUCGAAGGGAAGCCAUACAACGUUAAAAUCCCUUUGAAGGAAGAGACGACAAUUCUAAAUUUGGAGACAAAUGCUGAUGGGAUGGAAGUGAGUUCAGAUGGUAUGGUAAAAUGGCUAAAGCCAAUUGGACGUACAACACCGUAUUCAGUCAAUGUUACGGUGGCCUCGCAAUUGGGCGAAUCAACGAUCAGUUGGAAUCUUACUGUAGAGCCAACGUACUCACCAAUCGUCAUUCGUCUUACGAACGUUGGUGACACCAAUAAACGAGCUGUACAAGGAAUCGUACAGUUCAUCGAUCAGCGCAACUUCGGUCGCGUUCCAGUUCGUUUACGAACCUUUCGAAAUGGAAUUCUCUUCGAAGAUGUUGCAGUGGAGAGCGAUAGCGAAGGUCGUUUCGAGUUCGUGCAUAUACCGAGUGAUGAAGCUUCCACUUAUAAAGUGAUCGCCAGUCAUCCAGGUGAACCGUGUGACAGUUCGGUUUAUCUUUCACAACGAAUCAUCGCUUGGUCGGAUGCAGAUUUUGAUGUUGAUUAUGAGAAGACAAUCAAAAUGAAGCGUGGCAGUAUUGCCGAGGAGACGUAUCGGCUUCACAAUAACGGUGAUAUUCCACUGGCUGGAUGCUGGGUUCAGGUGAUAACACCUCGAGAUAAAUUGACCAUCGAUAAAGUUGAACAAAGUUUCGAAUCGAUCGGCGCAAACGAAUCGAAAACGAUGCGAGUCGAAUUCAGCGCUGCGGAAACCCUGGACAGUGUCACUGCAACGCUUCAGUUCUCGUGUGUCAACUCCAUCAAACGUCUCGUCCGGCAAACAAUAAGUGUUGAGGAGAGUGGAUCAUAUUUGAGAGCCCAGCCACGCGAGUUACUUUUUUCGUUCGCUCCUCAAACGACACCACCAAUAAUACGAGUAAGUAUAGGAUUUUUUUACAUCGUUUUCUCUGGUUUCAUUUCGAUCCUAACGAUUUUCUGA